AUGCCCUAUGCCGCCGCCGCCGAUGCCUCCUCCUCCACCUCCAUUCCCAAGCGACGGCGCCCGCGGCCGCGGUCUUCUCCCCCAGCCACCAUGGCUACAGAUCCACCCACAGCCGGUCGUCUAAGCUGCAAGCAUGAAUGGAUGGAUCCAGGAAGGUAUCCUUCCUCCCUGGGUGGAGCGAGCUGCACAUCCCGUUCGGCCCUCUGGAGCCGGCCAUCUCCGCCUCCUCCUCGCCGCCGCCGCCGCCGGGGAUCGCGUCUUCACCAAGCGCGAGCUCUGCCCCAUCCAACCGACCGCAAAGGGGUUGUCAAUUGUAAAUUUUCAAGGAGAUUCAAAUGUUCCUCUUCUGGCUGA